GCCGAGUUUAAACGGAGAGAGACACAUGCAGUGAGAAAGCAUAAGAUUCUGAGUUCACCUGAAAAGUGAAAAAGGGUUGAAAGAAAUCAGAGAGAGAUGGAAGCAUCAGUGGCAGAGGUAGAGAGAAUCUUAUGCUACAGAUUCAAAAAUGGGAAGCUUCUAGAGGAAGCUCUCACUCAUUCAUCUUUCACCGAAGGUGUUUCUUACGAGCGUCUUGAGUUCAUCGGAGACCCCAUUAUCAGUCUCGCAAUCAGCAACUACCUCUUUCUCGCCUACCCCAAGCUCGAUCCUGGCCGUCUGUCUAUCCUCCGUGCCGCCAACAUCAGUACCGAGAAGCUGGCACGCGUUGCCGUUCGCUACGGUCUCCACGUCUUCGUCCGCCACCACGCUCAGCCCCUCAUGGACCAGGUCGAGCGUUUUGCGGAGGCAGUUUCCCUGGAGAAUCCUUCCGUUGUGUCGCACGGUGGAUCUGUUAAGGCGCCUAAGAUCCUCGCUGAUAUCGUCGAGUCGAUCGCAGGAGCUAUAUACGUUGACGUGGGAUGCGACCUGGAGAAACUAUGGAAGUAUUUUAGAAGAAUUUUGGAGCCCAUAGUGACACCUGGUGAUUUGGAGCAACAACCUCAACCAGUGUCGACAUUAUUUGAAAUAUGCCAGAAAAGGGGGAAGCGUGUUGAGUUUAAACAUGUGCGAACCAAAACAGCUAGUAUAGCUAAUGUUUUUGUUGAUGGAAAGUUUAUAGCGUCUGCUUCGUCCGCCCAAAAGGAUCUCGCCAAACUUGAAGCUGCCAAGAUUGCUUUGGAUACAUUAACAUCACUGGUUACUCCUCCCACAAGUAUAAAAUCUUCCAACCGUGAGAUACAAUUAAAUUUUUGUACUGACGAAGAUGGGAAGAUAACUGUUGAUGCAGCUAAACAUAGACUACACGAAUAUUGUGAGAGUAAAAAAUGGUCUAAACCAAUAUACAGGAUUGAAAAGGAUUCGGGUCCCUCUCAUGAAAAAAGAUUUAUUUGUUCUGUGCAGAUAACUAUAGAAGAUCGGAUUCUUCAAAUAUCUGGUUGUGAAAAAUCUAGAGUGAAGGAUUCACAAAACUCUGCUGCUUCAAUGAUGCUUAUGGCCUUAUUUGAGGUGUAAUCUGAGAGGAGCGGUGUUGUAAUUUUUUUGGGGGUGACUCCCAUCUCCUAUUGCAUUUUCUCAGCGUCAUCUCCUUUUGUAAUCUGUUAUUGUUUAGCGUCAUCUCCUAUUGCAAUAUGUUAUUGUUUAAUCAUUUAAAAACGGCCUGUUUGAUGCUUAGCAAUUCGUUUGGAAUUUCAGUUUGGUCAUCUUUUUUAUAAUUGGACGUUCGCAAUGAAUCAUGAAUCUGAA